AAGCAGUGAUACAUGAGUGGCUCUGCCUUCACACAGUGGCACUCUCUUCUAUAUAUAGCAUUCACACCCACCACACACAGCACAUGUACUUCAAACCCAUAACCAUUCCUCUCUUCUUCUUCUUCUCUCAAUCCUUUUCACUUUCAUUAUCAGCAUGGGAAGUUCCGGAACCACCGACUAUGGAGCAUACACUUACCAAAACCUUGAGAGGGAACCUUACUGGCCCACUGAAAAGCUCAGAAUUUCCAUCACCGGGGCCGGUGGUUUCAUUGCCUCACACAUUGCACGCCGCCUCAAGACUGAGGGGCAUUACAUCAUUGCUUCUGAUUGGAAGAAAAAUGAGCACAUGACUGAAGACAUGUUCUGCCAUGAGUUCCACCUUGUUGAUCUUAGGGUCAUGGAUAACUGUUUGACAGUUACCAAGGGUGUGGAUCAUGUUUUCAAUCUUGCUGCUGAUAUGGGUGGAAUGGGUUUCAUCCAGUCAAAUCACUCGGUCAUUAUGUACAACAACACCAUGAUCAGUUUCAACAUGAUUGAAGCUGCUAGGAUCAAUGGUGUUAAGAGGUUUUUUUAUGCUUCUAGUGCUUGUAUCUACCCUGAAUUUAAACAGUUGGAAACAAAUGUGAGUUUGAAGGAGGCUGAUGCCUGGCCUGCUGAGCCACAAGAUGCAUAUGGGCUAGAGAAGCUUGCAACUGAAGAGUUAUGCAAUCAUUAUAACAAGGACUUUGGAAUUGAGUGCCGCAUUGGAAGAUUCCAUAACAUAUAUGGUCCUUAUGGGACUUGGAAAGGGGGAAGGGAGAAGGCUCCUGCAGCAUUUUGUCGGAAGACUCUUACUUCCAAAGACCAAUUUGAGAUGUGGGGAGAUGGAUUGCAAACAAGAUCCUUCACCUUUAUUGAUGAGUGUGUUGAAGGUGUACUCAGAUUGACAAAAUCAGAUUUCCGGGAGCCAGUGAAUAUUGGAAGUGAUGAAAUGGUGAGCAUGAAUGAGAUGGCUGAGAUUGUUCUUAGCUUUGAGAAUAAGACUAUACCAAUACACCACAUUCCUGGCCCAGAAGGUGUUAGAGGACGUAAUUCAGACAACACAUUAAUUAAAGAAAAACUUGGUUGGGCUCCAACUAUGAAAUUGAAGGAUGGGCUGAGAAUCACAUACUUUUGGAUCAAAGAGCAACUAGAGAAAGAGAAGGCAUCUGGUGUUGAUUUAUCAGUGUAUGGAUCAUCCAAAGUGGUGCAAACUCAGGCUCCUGUUCAACUGGGUUCUCUGAGGGCUGCAGAUGGAAAAGAAUAAAGCCACUGAUGUAUGAAUUUCAGAAUAAAAUAAUAUCUGGUGUUGGAAGUGAAGGGUUAGUUUGUGUUACUGUUUUACAGAUAUCUCUCAGAUCAGCAGAUCACAUAUAGUAGAGUGACUAAAACAUUACUUAAAUUUUUCAAGUGAGAUCAUGUUGGUAUUAAGUAGAAAUCUUUGGUCACAUAUUUGCUAUUGUUGAAGUUAGUUUCAUGUACUUGAGACAGAUGCUGUUAUGUAGCUAGCUUCUGUGAUGUUAAUAACUGCUGUUUAAGGUGUUGUUGUUCUAUUGGAAAUUUUAGUUUGUGUUAAA